CGGCCGCGAGUCCUUAACAACGGGGCGGGCUGGCGGCGGCCCGCGACCCUCGGCACCGCGGCUGCUCCCCCGCCGGCAUGGAGCCGAGGCAGCAACAGCAGGAGGAAGAAGAAGAGGAGGAGGAGGAGGAAGAGGAAGAGCAAGGGGAGGAGAAGCAGGUUCCUCCCAUUGCAACAACUCCACCACGUGCCUGGCAGGAGGAAUCCUUGAGCCGCAGCAGCAGCGAAACCCAGGCGUCAGUUACCAGUGGGAUGUCCCUUGGAGAAAUGAUACGUCAGAAAAGUGCCAUUAAUCAGGGAAUCGAGUCAUGGUAUCAACUUCCAGCAGAAAUUGAUGCCAGCCAUUUGACUGCUACCUUGGAGACAAAGCUUGGCCUGACUCCUGUUAGAAAUGACUUGUCAGAGUUCCCUACACUGGAGGAAGGAGUGUUACCUUCAGCAGAAGCAUCUAGAAGAUGGUCUCCUGGAGAUGCAGCAUAUGGCUUACAGCUGGAUACUCAGGGCAGUGAAUUCUCUCCCUGUCUUCCACUGCUGAUGUAUUCAACACAAGGCCAAAGAUUUUCCGAGCAGACACUUCUCCAGCAAUCGGAAAUGGAUUUUGUUCCCUUAAGAGGAGUCCCUGAUGUUUCUGGUGAGUCUGAGGAGUGUUCAAAGCCUUCGUGCACCCGUGAAACUGCUUCCCUGACAGACCCAGAGCUACCCUCUGGUGCACCCAGUGGCUGCUUGACUUUGUCCCAGCAUCCUCUUCCCUUCAGACCCCUGGAUGCCAGUUGUAGUGGUUGUUUGUCUCAACAAACCUCUUUUCCUCUUGUGAGCAAAGAGACAAAUGAAGACUGUAACAAUGGUACUAAUGAGGAGGCACUGGUUCCCCAAACAAGUGUCCAUUUAGCAAACUCCACUUCAAAGGUGAUGCUCAGCAAGGCUAAUAAUGUGAACCAAAGGGAAGCUCCUCUGGCAAAGCAGACCUCUGGAAAAGAUGAACGUUUACCCCAUGACACCAAUGUUCCAGCUACUGUUUUGGAGCUUUCAGAGAAAGAAAAAGGGUUAUGGAGGCACGAUGAGUUCUCAUCUUCAGAGAACUCCUCCUGUAAAACAGCACUGACUAAGAAUUCCCAAAAAAGUGAAAGGGAGAUGCAGAAGGAAAAGACAAAAGUGGCUGAGAGUGACUCAGGGUGUCUGAGGCAGCUGGAGAAGCUGCAAAAAGAAAAGAAGGUUCGUGAGCUUCAUUUGUCUAAUAAUUCCUCUGAUGAUUUGAAGAAAGACAAUUGUGAACAUUCAGGUGCUCAAGGUGGCUUUUCUGCAACUUCUGAAAUGGGUGAAGGAAUAUUGAAGGAAGGUGGAGUGGAUUUAAAUGGCUUGGAAAGCUUGAAGUUGAUGGCUGUUACUGAGGGAUUCCAGGGAGCUUUUCAAGAUCAGCAGCAGAAACAACAACCUCCUGCAGUGAGAUUUGAGAAGAAGGAGAUUAUCCCUCCUGUGACAAGCACCAGUGACUGUGCAUCUAAACUUGUGACUGACGAGGGUGCCCCAGUGGAAGUGGAACCUGGAGGAAGCAGGAGUGAAUUAACCAUUGCAGAUGUUUCCAUAGAGAGGGGACAUAAGGUGACAGGCAUUUCCCCUUCCUUUAAUCUUGUAGGUGAUGGCUCAUUCUCUGUACACUUAGCCCAUCCAAGCUAUCAGUCUACUCCAGGGAUACUUCUAAAGGAGAAAGGGAAGGCAGAAGGACUUGGUGUCUGUAAGAUCAAAUCAGAUAUUCAGGCUUCUCCUUCAUGCUUAAGUGAAGGAACUUCAGGGAACAGGUCUGCCAGUACACCUGGAUCUGAUGAGAAGCAACAUUCACUCCAGUGCCCUCAGAAAGAAAACAACAAACAGUUUGAGUCCUUAAAAUGGAAAUAUCCUCACACUGGAAGAAUCCAGUCUCUCCCAUCCCUUAGUUUCAUGGAGAAAGUGGAGGCUUGGGAUGUGAGCCAGCCAGAGGAGAUAUCUCAUACAGUAGCUUCAUGUGACCCAGACAGAGUUUCUCCUAAAGGAAAAGCUUACAGUGCAAUUGCCUGUUCUUCAAACAACAUUUUGUCACUAGAAAAAUGCAGUAGAGACCCCAAAGAUCAUGCUGCUGCUUCCUCUAGAAAGACAGAUUCCCUAGGAAGUUUGUGUUCUCAUAAUACAGACUUACUCCUUGUCCACCCUCUGAUUAGAUCUCAGUCUGACAAUGCGGUAAAUGUUUCCAGUAGGAGCAGGUCCUUGGUUGAAGUUAUUCUGCCAGCAAACUUGACAGAGGCAGUGCAGUCUCUAGAAGGAAAAAGGAAUGUUUUAGGAGUGGCUGACAAUAGUUUAGGAGGCUCCAUGAUACAAGAGUUAACACCUGAGAUUGUUUCUAAAUCUCCAGAAAGUCACAGCAGAGGAGAAAAUUCAGAACCAAAGGGUUUUGUUUCCAGUGAAGGAGUUUCUCAGCUCCUUAGACUGGAUGGAAACUCUCCAAAUGAUGACCAGAAGAAUUGUGACCCUCUUGAAAAUCAGUCUCACCACUUAAAUACUCCUCUUGGCCACAUCAGGAUGGACACUUUUGCUGAUAUUUCCCCAGAUAGUUUGACUCUUCUUGUUAGUUCUGGGAAGAGCAGCCAGGAGAGCUUGAGCAGACACUUCACCAGUGCAAGAGAUGAGAAGUUCAUCCCUGUUGGAGCAACUCCUUUGGAAACUCCAGAAAAAGAAGAGCUUAAUAUUGAAGAGAGGAUCCCAAUAUAUCUUCGCAACCUUGGCAUUGAACAGUCACCUGGAACUAUUCUGACACCGUUUGUACCCCGAGGACCCAUCAGGGAAGUUGAGUUUUCCCCUUCAGAGCUCAGAACACUGAAGGACUCCACUGACACGCUGGCCAGGACCCUUCCACAGCGCCAGGGUAAAUUGCUGUCAGAAGCUGAAAUUAGGCAAAGAAGUUGUAACUCCGGCACUUCCACUCUCAGCAUGUCCAUACCGAUGCAUUCAGAAGUUGCCUCUGAUGUUCUGUCACCCCGUGAACUCUUUCCUCGCUUCUCAAGAUCCUUUGGAGACAGACCAGUGAGUCAGUGCAAUAUGCCAUGCCACCAGCUGGAGAGAACUGCUCUGCUUUCCAGAGAGUGCACAGCUGUUUCCAAACUGGCUGAACCAAACCAGCAGCUGCAGACUGUUUCACCUGAGUGGUGUUCUGACCGAGCGCAUCCCGUGCUUGCUGCAAGAAGCGUUCGGGACCUGCUGGCUAGAAAUGACUCCAAAGAUGUGAAUGACAACCCAUGGAGAUGCUCUGCAGGUUCUUUGGCUGGAAUUGAGAACAAAGCAGAAAAUGACAGAGGAUCACAGACUUCCAAUGUAGGUAGUAAGGGAAGUGCAGGUCAGGAAAGUGACUCUUUGAUUGGAUCAGGUGCGUUGCAAGAGAUCCGUAAGCUUCUGGCAGAGGCAGAGGAUAUAGCUGGCAGGUGGUGUGGCCCUGCCUCUUCAGCUGCCUCUUUGAGAGAAAAUAGUGAGUCUUCCCAGGUGCUGAUUAGAAAGGAGGAUGGCCCAGAAGGUUUCAGGUUAGUGAGAGAUAAUGUUGCUGUGUUUCACAAGGUACCCUCCCAGGAUGAGACUGUGAGCCCGAGGAACAUGCCAGGAGAGGGGCUGGCAGUAAAAGCUCUGAAUGGUGACACAGGCAGUUUAAGAUGUGAAAAUUCAUCUGAAGUCAAUUUGCAUAACAGUGAAGAGCUGAUGAAGGAAUUGAUCAAAGACUUUAGGACAGGAAGAUCUGUAGGAAGGUCUGAGCCAGAAGGCUGUAGUAGUGUAACUACAGACAGAAAUCAGCCUGCUUUUGUGGGUCUCGCACAAAGCAAUGGAAGUAGUGAAGUCAGCACUGCAAGAACUUCAGACUCUGAGAAUCCUUCUUCCUCUGAGCCUCUCAACAGCAUCACCAAUGUCCCUGGAGGCUUCCAGAGCAUGUUGUCUAAAGCCAGUGUAGCUGGAAGCAAAGCAGGAGGCAUGCCAGAGAAUGAUGGCAGUAGCAGUGGAGAUUCAGUAGCUGCCCAUGUCAAAAGCCUUCUGAGGACUCCUUCCUCAGAGCCUCUAGGCAGUGUCACUGAUGUCUCAGGAGGCUUCCAGAGCAUGUUGUCUAAAGCCAGUGUUGCUGGAAGAAAAACAGGAGGCACAAAAGAGGGUGAUAACAGUAGCAGUGGAGAUUCACUGGCUGCCCAUGUGAAAAACCUUUUGGGGAAUCCCUCUUCAUCAGAGCCUCUGGGCAGUGUCACUGAUGCCUCAGGAGGCUUCCAGAGCGUGUUGUCUAAAGCCAGUGCAGCCAGAAUCAAGACAGGAGGCAUGAGACAGAGUGAUGACAGUAGCAGUGGAGAUUCAUUGGCUGCCCAUGUCAAAAACCUUCUGAGAAAUGGAUCACCUGGGAUACAGGCCACACCAAACCUGAGGGGCACAGAAGAGGAGAGGAAAGCACGAGCAUGGGUGAAGCUAAAACUGGCCAGCCAGGCUGAGGAAUCUAUGUCAGAGCUGCCCAAAGAGAAUCGACGGAGAAUAGAGGAAAUCAAGGCAGAGCUGCUCCUGAGUGCCAAGAAGAAAUCUGCACUAGCCAAGGAUCCAUGGGCGUGUGGUUUGGAAACUGCUUCUGGAUAUACCCAGGAGCGCGACACAGGGCGUUUCGAAGCUCCAAGUGACAACAGAUUUCAAGCUGACAAACACACAGAAGCCUUCAAGACUAAGAGGUUUGUGGAUGCAAGUUUACACCAAGCUGUGCCAUUGUAUGGAGCUGAUCCUUCCCAUUGCUGCUUGAUGAAGGAGUCACAGUUUAAAACUGUGAGUAGUGUUCUGACCUGCAGCCAACACCACACAGUUGCAACUAGUCAUUCCGAUGCCCUUGUUGAACCUCCUCCAGCAUUGCAGCAGGAGUGGGACACGUGUGUGAUGAUAUUUCCAGCUGCUUCUCAUACAGCAGCAGAAGUGCAUUUAGCAGCUGAGAAGCAGCUGGCUGUGGAAAGCUGCUCUGAAGAUGUGGUGAAGCAAAUUAGUUCCAUCACCUUCUCAUCCCGAAAACGGCUGCGCUCACCCUUGACUCCCACAGCACUCAGCAGCAGUCUUACUAAAGACACUCUUGGUGGGAUAAUGCCUUUGGAGGUCGACUCUGGUAGCACUGAGGAACACAGCCAUGGCAAACAGCAGUGGGAAAGAGCUAAGGCUUGUCCUCCUUCAAGUCCGCUGCUUGCUGGCUCAGUGUCUAAUGAGAAAGCUGAGACAAACAGGUUUCAUCGUAUCUCUGCUGGCAGUGACAGAGUUGGAGCUGAUCAAGGAACAGACUGUUUGUCAGAUGAGGAUUCUGUAAGCAUCCAUGCUGAUAAGAGACAGACCCUUAGUGCAAAGAAUUCUCAUGUUCUGCCUCAAGAUGUGCCUGAAUUGGGCAGGCACAGUGCCAGACUUGGGGAGCUUGACUGUGAUACAAGAUUCAGUGAGAAAACAAAUCAGUUGAAUGAAUCUCACUCUGUAAGCUCUAAGAAGCAGCAGAACAGCAGCUCACCUGGCCACAUGCAGUUACACAAGGGCUUAGAAGGUUCAGAUCCAGCUAUACCAACUGAUUUGCUGAAGGGCCAUAUCAACCUAUUGAAAGAAGAGAAGAAAUAUCCCUCUGAUGAAACACCUCUCAUUCAGAAAGAGGCUGUGAGUGAGCAACUCAGUACAUCUCACCACCCAUCUACAGAUAAGGCUUUAUCCCACAUGUCUGUGUCUCCUUCUUCACCAACUAAGAAAGUGCUGUCUUGUGUCCACAUAAAUCUUUCCCCAAAGUGUAAUAACUCAGAGCUGAGUAGUGAUGUGAAUGCUGAAAAUGAGAUGAGGUUGUGGGCUAAGCCUGAAGCUCAUACCCAGCCAGUGUCUGUCAAAGCUCCUGAAACUUCACUAGAAGCUGGUCCUAAAUUACCAGCUGCUGACUUUAUUCCAGAAAAGCAAAGAUCUUCAUCUUUCCCAAUGCCAGUGUCUUCAGCAGAUCCCUGCAUAGUGCUUUCCUCUGUCACAAGCACAGCAGGGCAAGAGCUGCCUCUGCAAAGCAGUGAGAGACCACAAGUUCUGGGUUCAGGAAGAUGUAAUCUGAAGAAUACCUUCAACUCUGUAGUUCCUGCAAAAGCUGGGAAAAGUACUUCUGAUGCUAGCACUCAGAUAACCACAGAAAGUCCUGGCAGAACAACCUUCUCAGCAGAAAUCUUUGUUGAUUCACAAGACAGAGAAAAUGCUGCCCACCAGAAAACCCCUGAACUUCCCAACAAUACAACUUCAUCUCGUGACAAGAUUUCCUCUUUCCCAAGGCAGAGUGGUCAGCCCUUAUUGCUGCCCUAUAAACCUUUGGGAAGUACUGGGAUGUAUUAUGUUCCUUAUCUAAAGGCAGGAUCCCAAAUUUCUCCAGUUGCCUCAGAAACCAGUGCUGAGAGCUCUCACUCAGGUACUUACCUCAGCUCUUCCAAAUGCCCCAUGACAGCUGUAGUUCAUGGAUCAGAAUCUCUCUGUUUCACAUGCAGAAGUGUCUCAGGGUCAAAUGAUGCCUUUCCUCCAAGGUUUCCAGCAAACCUGCUUGGUUUAAGGGAUGAUCAUCCUCCAGCCAGUACAGCUAGCAAGCACAGAGAAAGGACCUACAGCAAGAGGGCCAAGCCCAAGCUAGCCUGGGCUGAGGAGCAAGUGGAAGCUUCCCCAGAAUGCACAGAUCAUUCCAAGUCUGUAAAACCCCUUCCUUCGGGCUCCAAGUCUGCACGGCUCAACCUUCACCAUCCAAUGCCCCCAUGUGGGAGCUACUUCGUGUCUGACAGUGAACUGUCAGAGGACAGUUCUGGUUUUGGCCAUGCUGGACCUUCCUCAAGGCCUGGGUUGCAGAAUCAGAAGAAAGCACAUGGUCAUCCACCAGUUUUCUCUGUUCAUCAUGAAAAAGCUGGUGAUGGUGAAUUCUUUCCCCUGGCUGCAGAAGCAGAUUGCAGCAGGAGUGAGGAUCUCAACGGCAGCACAUCUUUGGGAAUGGAAAGGUUGGGGAAGGAGCUGCUUCAACAGAGCAGAAGAGAAGCAGAACAAAAGGCAGCUAGAAAUUAUCCUUUGCCUGGUAGCCAAACAACUCAACUUAAUGAGGCUGAGGAGAAAGACCUACCACCAAGACAGAGAAGCCACUCCAGUAGGAACUUAGAUGAACUCUGGAUUAAGUUUUUGGAGUGCCAGAAGAGACACCAGCACCGUGAUUUGAGGAGGAGCAGCGAGCUGUCCCUUGUUGAACGCCUGGAUCGACUGGCCAGGGUCCUUCAGAAUCCCAUUAAGCAUACACUGAUACCAACAAAAUGUGAAAGGGGUGUUUCUGAAAAGACAAUCAUGGGAAAAGAGCAGAAGAAAAGCAAAUUGCCAGGAAAGAGUGUGUCUGAAAGUACCACAGAGCCUAAUGCAACACAUGUUGGAGAAGGACCACGCAUCACCCAUAACAAAAAUAGCUUUGUUGAGCUCAGGAAAAAUAGGUCAGGAGAAAAAUGUAUCUGCCACCUGACUAAAAUGUUGGAGCACCAGCAGUACUUGGAAAGUCCUAGUGACAGUUCCUCAGAGACAAGGCUUAGCAGAGAUCAUGGCACCACCAUCAGUUCCACUACCUCAGAAUCGGAUGUGGUGACCCAAACCGAGCUGGAAACUGCUACUCAGACUGAAGUGAGCAGUUCCAUUUCCACCAUUGAUACUGCCAGGCUGAUCAGGGCUUUUGGGCAUGAAAGAGUGGAGGUGUCACCAAUACUCUCCCAGCUUUAUUGUACCAUCCACCAGCAGAAAAGUCGCUCUGAAAAGUGGGACAAGGGAAGUGACCAAGCAGAGGGUGUAGAAUAUCCAAAGGCUGCUUCUGGGAGACACAGGAAGAUGAAAGACAUCCAGAGUGCAAUCUCCUUUUCCUCAGAUUCAGCUUCUCCCAGCAGCAGUUUCUGGGGCCCAAGCUCUGCUCUGAGUAACAAGCGAUGCACCAGGAUGCUGAACAAAGGCAUCCAAGCAGGAGACUUGGAGAUUGUGAACAGUGCAACUAAGAAGAACACUCGAGAUGUUGGUGUGACUUUUCCUACCCCAAGGUGUAGCCAACCAAGCCAAGAGCCACAGGAAGCCUGGCACCGUGUGGAUGGGAUUUCACACCUUGUGCACGCAGAAGACUUGAAAUCUGAAUCUAGGAAAGAAAACCACUCCUCUUCUGGCCCUGGUGUAUCUUGGUUUGAACCAUUGACUUGCACAAAGCCUUGGAGAGAGCCUCUCCGAGAGAAGAACUGGCAAGAGCAGCAGCACAGCAACAGGCUUCAGCCAGCACUCCCAGCAAGAGAUGCUGAGAACAGAGUCCCACGGCCCUUCGUGAAGCUGACGUUGCAGGAGGCUCUUGCAGCCUAUCGCCCCGAUUUCAUCUCCCGCUCUGGAGAGCGUGUGAAGCACCUGAAGCUUGUCAUGGAGGAAAGGAAGAUCCAGAGUGUGCUGCAGGCUCAAAGAGAAGAGCUAUUUAAUCCUCCAGAGAAGAGAAAAGGCUACAGGAAUACAAAUCACAUCCUGUCUGACAGAGGUUUUCGGAUUAGAGAAAAGAGAAGAACGAUUCCAAAGAGUGAAAUGCUUCAAAGAUCUAAAAGGAUCUAUGAGCAGCUGCCAGAGGUGCAGAAGAAACGAGAGGAAGAGAAGAGGAGAAAGGAAUACAAGUCCUACCGCCUGAAAGCUCAGCUCUACAAAACAAGAAUCACCAACCAUGUCUUAGGGAGGAAGGUGCCUUGGAACUGACAGCCAUCUGUUCAAAUGAAGGAGCAGUGUGCUGGGUAAGCCUGCAGCACGCAGGAGCUUGUGGUGUGACACAGCUGAUGUGGUGUGACAUCAGCUCCUUCUGUUCUGUGCUAUCCAAUCCUGCCAUUUCUGUCCUAAUACAGUUGAAGACUCAGUGGCUGGAUGUGGAUGACAGGGUUGUUUAAAGAAGUGGCUGGGGUUUGGAAGUGAUCUUAUGCACUUCCAAAGUAAACACAAGCCUGGAAGUACUUGUUUCAUAAUGUAUUUGUAGGUACCUGACUGGGCCAGCAGAUUUGGGGUUGUUUUUAACCAUCAUCUUGUGACAUUUUUAUUUCCUGUCCAAUGUAGAAAACUUACUGGUAAUGUUUUGUACUGCAAGAGCUCCUUAAAUAA